UUCAGUUCAUGAGCAACAUAUUUUGUUCGUCAUUUAAUUUUUGUUUUUUUAAAAUGGCUGAUACAAAGGGCUUUUCCAGCAUUGAGACACCCGGUUAUGUGGGCUUUGCCAAUUUGCCGAACCAAGUGCAUCGCAAGUCAGUGAAGAAGGGCUUCGAAUUUACGCUAAUGGUUGUCGGCGAGUCGGGUUUGGGCAAAUCGACGCUGGUGAACAGUUUAUUCUUAACCGAUCUAUAUCCGGAACGCAUUAUACCCGAUGCCAUAGAGAAACAAAAACAAACGGUUAAACUGGAGGCAUCCACCGUGGAGAUUGAGGAACGUGGCGUCAAACUGCGUCUAACUGUUGUCGAUACGCCCGGCUUUGGCGAUGCCAUCGAUAAUUCGAAUAGCUUUAGCGCCAUACUGGAGUACAUUGAUGAGCAAUAUGAGCGCUUUCUGCAGGACGAGAGCGGAUUGAAUCGUCGCAAUAUCGUUGACAAUCGCAUACAUUGUUGCUUCUAUUUUAUAUCGCCCUUUGGGCAUGGACUAAAGCCCCUGGAUGUGGAGUUCAUGAAGAAGCUGCAUUCAAAAGUGAAUAUUGUACCCGUCAUUGCCAAGGCUGAUUGUUUGACGAAAAAGGAAAUAUUGCGUCUGAAAUGUCGCAUUAUGCAGGAGAUCGAGAGCCAUGGCAUUAAAAUUUAUCCACUGCCAGACUGUGAUUCAGAUGAGGACGAAGACUACAAGGAGCAAGUGAAGCAACUGAAGGAAGCAGUGCCUUUUGCCGUUUGCGGCGCCAACACCCUGCUCGAAGUUAAAGGUAAAAAAGUGCGCGGCCGCCUUUAUCCAUGGGGCGUCGUUGAGGUUGAGAAUCCCGACCAUUGUGACUUUAUCAAGCUGCGCACCAUGCUGAUCACCCAUAUGCAAGACCUGCAGGAGGUCACACAGGAGGUGCACUAUGAGAACUAUCGAUCGGAUCGCCUUGCCAAGGGCAUCAAGGGCAAGGAUAAUGGCAUUAAAUCAGAUCGUGAUAAUAUGCCCACACAGGCGGGCGUGAAUAGUGUCUUCUCCGAAAAGGAUCGCAUUCUGCAGGAGAAGGAGGCGGAGCUGCGACGCAUGCAGGAGAUGCUCGCUCAAAUGCAGGCGCGCAUGCAGGCUCAAAAGUGAGAGAACGAUGCGAAGACACAUACACAGAGAGAAAGAGAGAGAGAGAGCAGCACACAUUUGUGCAAUUUACAUAUAUAGAUAUAUAUAUAUAUAUUUAUAUACAAAUCUUAAUAUAUACAUAUAUUUUUUGUACGCAGUUUUUAAGUUGCAGCGCUUGCAUUUUCACGAUGAGCGCUAUCUAUUUGUUUGUUUUUAUUUUACAUUCUAAACACAUAUAUAUGUGCAUAUAUAACCUAUAUAUAUAUAUAUACAUAUAUAUAUAUAUAUGUUGAUCAAAAGUGAUUUUUAUACAUAAAUGCAAUUGCCAAAAAAAAAAAACAAUAUGCAUCCAAGUCAAGAUCGAAAAUCAAAUCUCGAAGCAUCUGAGAAACACAGAUACACACACACACACACAUCUCUCAUAGACACACACACUGAUACACACACUCUCAUACACAAACUUCAUAUCACUCCUAUAUAUAAAAAGAAAAUGAAUGAACAUUAAUAACGAACUGUAUUCCUAUUAUGUAUUUAGACAUGACGUCUUCGAUAUUAACAAUUGAAUUAUGUGUAAUUUUUAUUGUAUUUGUACAUGUGCCGCUCUUAAGUUAAGUAAGCAACAAACCAAUUUUGCCGAUGUUAAAACAUUUGAUCUGUUUAUUAGUCUCGAACAAAGAAAAGAAAAUACUAUGAAUCGCCUCCAUUUCUGUUAUAUUAAGUCAUUUAAUUAUGAUUUAGAAGGUGCGUAAACGCCUAAAAUUGUUUAUCAAUAACUAAAACUAAGAAAUUAAGUUGAGCGUUAAACUAUGGCAUCUAAUUUUAUACACAUAUAUAUAUGUAUUUAUAUUUAUAUAUAUAUAUAUAUAUAUGUAGGUGCGUUUUUGUAUUUUAAUUGUGUAUUAUCUAUCCGUGCGAAUACUUGAAGUGCUCCAGCAAUUUUUGCAUUCACUUACAUGUAAUCUCCUCAGUUUGCAAUCGCUUAAUAUAAAAAAAGAAACAAAACUCAUGCUAAAUCACACGCAUUUAAUGUUAAAUGAAUCCUUAUUGCUCUGUAUAUGAACAAUUUAAUCCUUUACAUAUUCCUCUAUAAAUAUAUACAUUUAUAUAUA